AGGUCAUGGGCCAUUUUCUCACCUGUUUGAUGGAAAAUUUAUCCCUCUUACUCGAAAAGAUGUAAUAUGGACGCACGAGGAUGCUUCAUUGUCUAUGUUUGAGCACCUGAUCGAAACGAAUGGCUUGAAAACUGUUCUGAAAAAUCAUGGUUUAAUGUUCCCUGAAGACCUUGUAUUUAUCAAAGAACAGAUCAGAGGCCCAAUAACUGAGACGAGGAGCAAUGGAGAGGCCUGCAGUACGAAGUCCUCUGAGUGGCCAUACAAAGGCCGGCCCAGAGAGAAGGGCUUUCUGUACGAAAUUGUUGCCAACAAGAGAAAUGGGAUUGACGUUGAUAAGUGGGAUUACUUUGCCAGGGACUGUCAUCAUCUAGGAAUCCAGAACAACUUUGACUUUGUACGCUUCCUCAAGUUUGCUCGAGUUUGUCAAAUUCGCAAAAUGAAGUGUAUUUGCACUCGAGAUAAGGAAGCUGGAGACAUGUACAAUAUGUUUCACACACGUAACACCUUGCAUCGCAGAGCCUAUCAGCACAGAGUCUGUAACAUUAUUGAGUGCAUGAUCACCGAGGCGAUGGUGCUGGCAGAUCCAUACAUCAAGAUAAGCGGCAUGGAUGGGAAGCUUUAUAAAAUGUCUGAAGCAAUCGAUGACAUGUCAGCUUACACCAAACUCACAGACGAAAUCUUUCAACAGAUCCUGAAUUCGUCUAAAGCUGAGCUGAAACCUGCGCAGGAAAUCCUGAACAACAUCAUUUGUCGCAAGUUGUACAAAUGGAUCGGUCAAACUCAACCUGAAGCUGAAACUACUAUUCAACCAGAAGAAAUUAAUGAGUUGAACAAACAGAUUGCUGCAACUAUCCCAUCGACACCUGUAAAUGCAGACCUUGCUCCAGAAGAUUUCAUUGUAAAUGUUGUUCAGAUGGACUAUGGGAUGGCCAAAGAAAACCCCAUUAACAAAGUCUGGUUCUACUGCAAGAACAACCCCAACCAGGCAUUCAAAAUUCGCAAAGACCAGGUAUCUCAGCUGCUGCCAGAGAGGUUUACUGAGCAGCUAAUCCAAGUGUACUGCAAGAAGUCUGAUCAGCCGAGUGUGGAAGCAGCCAAGAAACAUUUUGUACAGUGGUGUAUCAACAAGAACUUCAGUAAACCCAGGGAUGGCGAUAUUGUUGCUCCUGACCUGACACCACUCAAACCUGACUGGAACAACAGCGACAGUGAAACUGGUGACUCUGAUGGUGAAGAUGAGCCCCUGUUCAAUUCCCAUCCCAAUAGUAACCGGGCCAAAUUACAGCUUUUCAAGUAGAGUGCGUCUUACUUUUCUGGGAAUCCUUGUGAAACUUCCAAUAAUGAAGUUGCAUUUACAUGGGAUCACUCCGAAGCCUACAGCAAUGUUUUGGUGUUUUAAAAACUGUUACUUUCUUCAAUCAUUUUCUCAUUUAAAGGAAGAGAGGAAAAAAAUCUUGGUGCAAAUUGACCCUAAUCUAAACAGCUUUGAAAUCAUUCUGCUUUGAAGGAAUGUUUGGUUUUAUAAAACCAACACCUCAAUGAACUAUCAUUUGCCUAUUUUGAUAGGCAAUCGUCAAUAAUAAAAAUGUAUUUUUAUUUUCUUUCUAUAUUGCUUAACAUGCCAUCUGCAUGUUCCUAUGGGAAUGGUACUAAAGGACCAUUGAUGGGAUUCAUUCCUAAAAUUGAAGUAUUUUACCUGCUCUGUUCUGCUUGCCGUAUUUUCUUUGAGUUUCUUUUGAAAAUAGUGACAUGAGAGAGCAAUGGCGUUUGCAUUGCCAAGAUGUUGCAUUGUGAAGACAGGGCAGUUGAUGGUUUCACAUCAAUGUUCAGGUUUAAGGAUGAUGUGGCCUAGCGUCUUCUGUCCAAUGAAAUCUGAUGUUGUUAGGAGCUUGUUCAGUUGUUUAGUUAUGUUCCUGUCAUAGAACAAACAGGCAGAGGACUAUUUUGCAUGCAUCCAGUAACUGUUGUUUUGUUUAGAGCAUAUAACUAAUGUUAUAAACAUUGUGACUUCUCAAUAGGUUACCUCUUCAGUAUACAAUUCAAAAUACUUUAAUAUAAAAAGCUGCUAUACUUUAGCCAUUGGAGCCUGGAGGAAAUUGGAUAAACUGGUUGUGGUACCUCUUCCUGCACAAUUAGAGGGAGGGUGAUUGAGGGCUGGCACUCCCAAUUGCUUUGUUGGAGUUUGAUUUGUGGAUAUUGCUGUAGAAGUUCCAAUGGUCAGUGCAUGGCCCAGUGACAAACAUGCUGCUCGCUCGACUGAAGAUAACCCAGGAGUGGUAAGCACUGGCAGGAGUUUCCAUUGCUAAGAUAAGGGUUGUUUGUGCAUUUGAAUAUUGUACCACGGGAUGAGCUAGAGCAAAGGACAAUCUAGAGUCGAUCAAACAACUAUUUUCAGGUGUUGAGGCUGUAUUUAUCUUUGAUUGGACUGGCUUCUGGAUAUUACAGGUAGAAUCACCUCAUGUUUACAGUAAUUCCUGACUGAGUACUGUAUAUGUAGAUUUAUAGAACAAAACAUGAACAUCUGAUUUUGCCCUAUGGAUGCCAGCAAACUGAAUGUAUCAUUUACAGUACUCCUUAACUUUACAUAUCAGUUAUGUAAGUGAUUUUAAAUCAAGUUCUUUGUAAAAUCCAGAUGAGUAAAACUUGUCAAAUAGCUGUGCAGAUCUCCUAAUUUUCCCGACUCUCCUACUCCCUUGUCACACGAUGUUCAUCUGUUUUGGAAGUGACUUCUGUGUAUGGAAAUUAAAUUUUUCCAGGAUUCUGUGAGAACAAUGUUGAUUUCUGAUCUGAGAGAUUGAUGUGAUGAUUUCCCCAAUGAGGCUUAGAAAUUAAAAUCUUAAAAUAAUGUAGGAAAGCAUCAUUUCCUCAUGGAACAUCGUUGCAGAAAUUGUACAGGAACACCUAGCUCUGGUCUAAUGUUCAUCCCUCAGUUUAUCAUUCCCUGCGCUGCAGUGUAAAAUCCCAUCGUGUACAAAUUGUGAUUUCAAAAGUGGAGCUUUCUGAUAUAGAUGAUUUAUCUAACAGAAAAUACCUUGAUCCCACAGGCAUUAAAAGAGAAUGUGACAAAUCCCAAACAUUUUCAAGAAAUCAUCGAUAUUUUUAUACUCCAAUCUGGUGUAUUUACUGACCCUGUGAAUAAAUCAGUUUGAGGUGUGCCUUUAUGUACUGUGUACAUGUAUCUGCACACAUUGGUUCGAUUUCAAUAUGGCAACUCUUUUCCUGAGCUGCUCCUUUUUUGAGCAUCAUUCUACCUUUUACGGUGGAAAUUUAGAAUUCAGUGACUCUGCAACCAGCAGGAAAAUAAGCUUGUGGACAGUUGACCUAAAUUUGGCAUUAAGGACAAAGAGCAUGGGUUUGUGAGAAACUGCUCUGUUGCCUGUGGAUCUGGACAGUGUGCUUCUGAGCGAUGUGUAGAGGAUUGGCGAGGAUUCCUCCCCACACCAUCUUCCUUUGCUGUUAGUUGGGAGAGGUGUUCCGUUUGAGUAGCCAAGAAACAUGCUGUGCUGCCUAAUGAUGACAAACCAGAUCAUGCCAGUCCAACUGAUCAGAAUUUGACAUGUGGUUUGUUUCCAAUGAAUGAAAUGGAAUUGAGACCAACUUGGUCUAACUGCAGUGUGUAUGUCCAGAGACAAAACGCAGUCAGUGACAUUCAUAUUGGUACGUCAUUAAACAGUAGUUUGGAACAUUGACAUAGAAGUUCUCCUAUCUUCUUCCAUUAAUAUUUCUCUGAUUUACUUUAAAGGCACUACAUAAAUGCAGGUUGUUGUAUCAUAACAAGGUGAUCUCUCACAGGAUAAAUGAGUAAUUGUGAAAAAUAAUUGAAGUGUGGUAUUUCCCAAUGUUAGCUGGAAGGGUUUAUGAGUACAUGGCAUAGCUACCCUUGGUCCAGGGGUGAAUGGGAGUAGAAGGAUGGUGUAUGAGAGGGAGCUCUGCUUGGAGCACUUUUGUUUACUGUUGUAUUAGAACAUAUUCAAGAGUGGUAUAAUCCAUACGUGGUUUGCUACAUUUCUGGAAAGGCAGCAUUUGUUAUUGACUGACUUCUGGAAUUGCUGAUAGCCUGUUUACUCAGUCUCAGGUCCUGAACUUUAACUUUUGUUGCUCCAUUUUAUUGGAUACCAAGGUAACAAAGGUGACCUGACUGUUGUCCUAGGAUCACAUAUUACUGGCAGCUCAUGAAACCACUCUAUAUGAGCCAUGUUGUGUAAUUGAUUUUAAAUUAUAUUUAGUAUAUACUUUUACACUGCUUUGUCACUUUGUUUUUGUGUCUCUGGUUUUGGUUUUGGUGGUGAGGUUAAAGGUGGGAGAAUAUCAGUUUGCUGUUCCUACUUUUACCUGGUGAAAUCCCUGACCUCGCAAGUACUUUACUGGAACUCAUUGUGAUAUGGUCAGAUAUUUCAUAAAUUAGGAGUUAAAGUAGGCAAUAUACAAUUUUGUACGGCGUCAUCUGUUUAAUGAUAGAGCAAACAAGGGAAAUUAUAAGCUGUUCUUUGCAGAAGCGUUGGGCUUGUUAUUAGAGUUUGUCGGUUUUCACUUGUAAAGAAUUUCUGAAAGGCAUAGCAAAUGUUACCAAGUCUUUUAUUGCUUGGAACAGUUUUAGUGGUGGGAGAGGGAAAUGUUGCACACAUGCAUCAAGCAUUGCUAGCAGAUAGGGAGAACUUGUGUGUUGCUAAGUUAAUCCUGCAAGCAUGAUAAGUUGUGUUUUGGCAGAAGGACGAUUAAUAGAAUAAAAUUAUUUGGCAUUCUUCAUAAAUUGAAAUGUUACAUUUUAUACUAUCAAAUUGUGAUUCUGAAUUGACAGAGGGGCUGUGAUCCAUAAAUAUUGCAAGGCCCAUGUCCAAAUCACAGAUUGAGUUUGGCAAACUAUUGGUUAAAUGUGAUUUUUUUUUUAACCUCAUCCCUAAUACUUUACUCACGUUAUUCCCCUCUGAGCCCAGGCACCGAGUGUUCCUGGACUCUUUAAUCAUGGAGGAACUAUAAGGUGAACUCUACAGCAGCAACUUGAUCACUUGGUGUUUUGACUUUGUAGUUCUCAACAAAAACAUGAUAGCGUUUCAUCUGUUGUUGUUUACUCAGCAACCUGGACAGUUCAUUUUGACACUUUAUUUUCUUGUACAAGUCCCCCCCACCCCCACAGUGGUGGUACAGGACUUCUUGCAAUAUCUGGGCAUCUGGCAUAGAAUUACUUUCAUACCUCCUUUUGUGAGAAAGGAUGCCACUCUUUAUGAUAUGUCAGGUUAACAUUGUGAAGAUUAUGACAUUGCUUGCUACCUUUGGUAUGAAUAGAAUACUUGCUACAGACUGAUGUGAGAUCUUAAUCUCCAUGCAGCAGCCUUUGCCAUUGCAGCAGUUCUAAAUCGCUAGGAGUUCACAUUUUGGGCUGAAGCAAAGCUUUUGUGCACCAGUGCUGAGUGAGUGACUGUGAGAAUGCAGACUUAAUCUGCAGUUAAUAGCAAAGGAAACUUUCCAUGUUAUCUGGUUCAUGGGGACCAAGAUAAUAAGAUGGUUGCUAGUCUAUUGCAUAACUUCAGUCUGUGGUGGCGUUGGACUCUUGAAUCAAAGGGCUUUUUGAGAAGGUAUUGUAAGGAAAAAGCUUAAGGCCUUUAAUGCACUUUAUACGCAAAGGGUGGAGGCCCCCCUACUUUGUUGAAUGUAUUCUUAUAGAAUCCUUUUUGAUUCAGAAACCUGGUGGUAUCCCUCAUCCCAACUUGACGAAAAGAUUGUAUCCUGUAUUGAAGUGAACCUGCUGUGAGAUUUCAUCUGGUAGCCCUGAUCUUUCAGUGAAAAGUGGGGAAUCUACUAAGAGGGGGGUGAGGGUCAUAUUACAAAGAAAGUACAGUGCAGAUAUAGGCCAUUUCGCCCACGGUGCCUGUGUCGGUAUUUAAGAUGAGCACAAGCCUCCUCUCACCCUACUCCAUCUCACUCUAUCAGCAUAUUCUGUUCCUUUCUCAUGACCUCCUGUGUUUAACAAGCUCCCCCUAGAUCUACCUAUUCCGUUACCUCCAACGCCUCCGACUGGCAGUGAGUUCUGCAUUCGCGCCUCUCUAUUUAAGAAGUUUCUCCUGAAGUUGCAACUUGCAUGGAGAAGGAGUCUUAUUAGCUUAAACUUUUACUUGAACAAUAAUUAUAGCAAUAAAUCCACUAGAAUGCUUUGGAAGUGUAUACUUUGCACCUUUUGUGUAUUUAGCAAAAUAUUUGCCUUUGUUUUCUUUAGUCACAGUAUUAGGUUGUUAACAAUUUCCAAUUGUGUCCCUCUAAAGCCUUGAGGAAAGGUCAAUUGAAGAUGUGUGGCCCUUCAAAAUUAGAUCAUUAUAUUAACAGACACAACAUUGUUUUGAUCUUUUAAUCUUCUGGUGAUCUUUUGUUCAAGAUAAUGGCACAAAACAAGUCUCCCUCUUAUAAUGACAACUUCUAGUAAAGUAUGAAUAACAGUUCGAUGUCACGGGCCUGCGAGGUGCUGCCCUGACACUCUGUAUAAUGUAGGCAAGGAGAGUAUUGUAUUCAUCUAAUUCUACUCAAGAGAUGGACCUCCACUCAUCCUGACCUCCUCCUUCCUCAUUUUAAUUAGAAUUCAGCUAAAAGUGAAUAGUGGAUACUUCAUGAUGAGGUGCUUGGAGAGGGGGCACUUGCAAAUUUGUUAACAAUUCAUUUCUAGCAGGCCUUCUGUAGGCUGUGUGAUGUGAAUUGAAAGUGCCAAACUGUACAUUGCUGCAGAUAGAGAUCCCCAUCUAUGCAUUUACCUAAACUGUACCUUUUAUUAUGUAAACUUCUACACCAUUCAGACAUAUUGGUCUGAUUUUGUAACAUGAAAGCUGUUGGGAUAUUUUGCUUUAUUGGAAGAUAUGUAAUU